UUAGGCACACCGUAGUUGUUUAUGUCGAUCUUUCCGCGUUAUACGUGGUACGGUUUUUGUAUUAAAGCUAGUUACCAAGAUUAACCUACGUAAACAAAAUGAAGGUUAACCCAUGCUUACGGACGUAUUACGUAAAUCAUUCACGUAAGUGUGUGACUCGUUAAAACUACGAUGGCAAUACUGCGUCAGCUGAGGAGCACGUGCAACGUUAUUGCAGCUACUACCUUCAAACACGUGAUCACAUAACGAGUCGGCUAGUGUGAUUACAAAGUUUAACCUCUUAAUAAAAGUAUUUUCUUUUUGCGGGAUUAAAGAAAGAAAUUAGGCUGUGGACUUCUAAAUGGGUUUGCUUCUCAAAAAUCACAUUGCACUCAGGGCUGUGAGUUUGUACCAGAGGCCAUUUACAAUCUCAAAAUCAUGGCUUUCCACGGAAGCAUUGCUAGGUGAGAGGAGCAUCCUUCCUCCUGGAGCAGGAAAGACAAUAGUGGGGAGGAUAGUGGCUCACAGGCUGGGACUGCCUGUCAUUGACGUUGAUGACGACAUCUUGGAGAAAGCAUGGAAGAUGCCUGUGGCUGCAAAACUGGCAGCAGUCGGUGGAGAGCGCUUUCUGCAGGAGGAAGGUCAAGCCUUGUGCAACCUCUCUGCAUCUGGAUGUGUUGUUUCCCUGACAGGUUCUAACCCUCUGCACUCUGCGGCGAUGCAGCACGUCAAACGGACCGGCCUGGUUUUCUACCUCGACGUGGACAGCGAGGACAUCAUAGGGAGACUGGCCAGGAUGAAGGUGAACAGGAUCGUGGGUCAGGAGAGAGGAGUGUCCAUGAGGGAAAUUCUGCAUUAUAGGAAGCAGUUCUAUGAGAAAUGGCUUGAUGUGCGGGUUCUGUGUGGACGAGGGGACACAGUGGAGGAAGUAGCGAGGAAGGUACUGAAGGUGGUGGAGCGGUAUCAGAACCACGCUGCCGACACCUAUGUUUCAACAAGGUGUGACUGUGAGGGGUCCUUAAAUGAGGAAACACGCUUCAGCGAUGCGGUUGUGGAAGGCAUGCCCACAGACGGAGGCCUCUACGUCCCCAAAAACGGCGUCCCAAAGAUCGAUGCUUGUGAAUGGCUGAGACUAAGAGACAUGUCCUACAUAGAAAGAGCAGGUGUUUUACUUGAAAAGUGCAUACACCCUUUGGAUAUCCCUCCGUUGGAUCUCAGAACGAUGGUUCACAAAGCAUAUGGGUUGAACUUUUCCAGUGAGGCAGUUGUACCUGUCAAACACCUCCACCACAAUCGGUACAUUCUGGAGCUUUUUCAUGGCCCCACUGCUUCGUUUAAAGACCUCGCCUUGCAGCUGAUGCCACAGCUCUUCGCCUACUGCCUCCCGCCGAUGUGUAACUACCUCAUCCUAGUAGCCACUUCUGGAGACACCGGUAGCGCAGUGCUCAGUGGCUUCAACACACUCACUGGCACUGACCGACACAGGACCGGCGUGCUGGUGUUUUUCCCAGAGGAAGGGGUGAGCGAAAUUCAGAAACUCCAGAUGACGAGUUACAAGGAGGGCAACGCCAGGGCAGUCAGCGUCCAGUCGGACUUUGACUUUUGCCAGAGGGCGAUCAAGAGGAUGUUUGGAGAGUCUGGGCUGAUAGGACACCUCGCGGUGGAGUACGGCACCGUCCUCAGCACGGCCAACUCCAUUAACUGGGCGCGAUUGUUGCCUCAGGUGGUCUACCAUUCCUCGGCCUACCUGGAUCUGUGCAGAGAUGGUGUUAUCACGUUCGGGGAGCCCAUUGAUGUGUGCAUUCCUACCGGUAACUUUGGCAAUGCUAUGUCAGCUGUGUACGCCAAGCACAUGGGAGUCCCGAUCAGAAAAGUCAUCUGUGCCUCCAAUCACAACCGCAUCGUCACAGACUUUAUCACCACAGGCCAGUACGAUCUGCGAGGACGUCCCCUGCUGCCCUCGCACUCGCCGGCUAUAGAUAUUCUGAAAUCUUCAAACCUGGAGAGGUUUAUCUACCACGUCUCGGGUGAAAACAGCCGCCUUGUCAAAGAGCUGUUCACACGAUUAGACAGACAGCAGCACUUUGAGGUUCCUGAGCCUCUUCUUGGCAGGAUUCAGGAGGACGUGCUGGCUGGCUGGUGCUCUGAAGAUGACUGCCUGGCCGCCAUCCAGCGAGUCCACGCACAGACGGGCUACGUCAUGGACACACACACAGCCGUCGCUAAAGUCGUGGCUGAUCGGCUGCAGGACGGUUCGUGUCCUGUGAUGCUUUGUUCCACCGCUCACUUCGGCAAAUUCGCUCCUGCUGUUUUUAAAGCUUUACAAAUCCAACAUAUUCCAGAAACUCCUGUGGAGCAGCUGAAGAUACUCAAACGGACUGCAUCAAAACCAGAAAUGCACAGAGACAUGAUGAAGUGCCUGAAGGGAGGUGGCAGGAGGGCACACGCUGUUCGUCAGGCAGAUUACAGUGUGAUGGUUGAAGAGGUGGAAGGCAUGAUACAGGACAGUUUUUUGAAAGUAAUGUAGGAUUACUUUAAAGUUAAAAGUAAGCAAACAGCAAUUAAGCUUGUUUCAACAGUCCACUCCUUAACUUAAUUUAAUAAACUGAAUGAACGUGCAGAAGUUCAGUCAUUCAACUCAUAAUUUGAAGUUCACGCCACAGCAGUUCUUCUUACGAUUCUUCUUACGAAGUUUAUACAAUAAAGACAGAUCCUUCAGCAUAUACAUAAAACGAUAAACCAGGUAAAAAUUGUGAUAAAAUUGAGUGUAAAGAUAUAUUGUAGAAGGUGAAAAGCCCAUAUGAGUCUUGAGGGUUGAAAAAAAGCAACUCAUUCAUAUUUAUUAUACCAUAAAGAAGCAGUAAAUGACUUGUAUGGGGAUUUAAAGCCUAUUGAUUAUGCAACAUUCUUUUACAUCACUGUCUGGAAUGCUGGUCCACUAGAUGGGGAUGUGUAUCUCUCUAGUGUCAGGUGGGAACAUUGCAGCCAACAACUCUGUAGCAGUGUAUGAAUGUAACCGUCUGGCUCAAAAGGUCAGAUAAAGCAGUAAAGUGUGAUGUUAAAUCAA